CUCACCACCUCAACUGUCACACUGCUAUCCUACCAAUAGCUUCGUGGCUGACGUCGACCUCGAGUGUCUGACCGCACUAGAAGCAAGGAUGUUCGAGGAUUCCGAAGAAGCAGGACCUGCAGGCAACCAGCAGUGGGGUUUGGAUGGUGGCCAACAUUACAGGCGAUGGAAUGUGUAUCUCGGAAUUCCUGACGAAUGGGUUUCUGCAAGAGAUUAUAGCGAGAGUGAACUUGAACAUUACCCCUUAUUCAGUGAUAACUCUGAUGCUACAUCUUUGGGGUCUGCAGACGAGCUAUCCGAAGCUGUAGUUCCUUCUCUGCCGGCCGAAGAAUGUCCGCCCGUUAAACGUCGAUGUGCUCCACAGGCUCGAAGGGUCCAGAGAGGGAGGAAGAGAAAAUAGUCAUUGGCUUAUGUGUACCUAGUUGUACAUGGCUCUGAGGCAAAUAAAAUAACAAAAGAAUGGUCGUGAACUCAUCCAA